AUGGACUACAAAAAAGUUGUUAAUAGUCUUGCACAACCUACAGUUGUGGAUCCUGCGGUUAUCGAACCCUACAAAUACAUUCGAAAACUAGCGAGCAACAAUAACAAUGUACGUUCCCGGUUUAUAAAUGCAUUCAAUGAAACAUUUUUCCACAUUACAGAUCAGGAGGUUUUGCAACUCAUCAACGAAGUGAUUGAAAUACUCCACAAUGCGUCUUUAUUGAUUGAUGACGUUGAGGAUAGCUCCAAUUUUCGUCGAGGAUACCCAUCAGCACAUAUGAAAUACGGUGUUCCACUAACAAUCAACUGUGGCAACCUUAUGUACUUUGAAGCUAUUGAAAAAGUAUACAAUCUUUGGAAGUUGAAGCUUGGUAAAGAAGAUACGACACUGGCAACAUUGGCUCUAGUAUGGGAAAUUGUCAUGCCGGAAAUGAAAAAUUUCCACAAGGGUCAAGGAUUGGAUAUAUAUUGGAGGGAUAAUUUACCAGAUUUGGAGAGUCUACCGAGUGUCGUAGACUAUUGUCAAAUGGCAAAGGAUAAAACAGGCGGGUUGUUUCGAUUGGCAGUGCGGUUACUACGACUAUUUUCUAGUGGCUCGACCCAUUUGGAUUCGGAAUAUAAUGGUGUUUUUGAAUCUAUAGCCAAUUGUCUCGGGGUAAUAUAUCAAAUAAGAGACGAUUAUUUGAACAUUGUGGACGAGAGGUAUUCGCAUAUGAAGGGUAUUCGUGGCGAGGACCUUAUUGAGGGCAAACUUUCAUUUCCGAUCCUUGUUAGUUUGACAAAAGACUUUAACCAGAAACAUACCGAGAUAUCGUCGUUAUCACCGUUGUACGAAUUGCUUUACAACCACAGAAGUACCGAAGAGAGAUUGAGACGGAGAGAUUUACACGAUCAAGCUAUUGAACAACUCGAGAGUCCUGAUGUUAUAUCAGAAACAAAUAGGCUAUUACAGGAAUUGAAGGCACAAGCAUGUCGCCUCAUUACGGAAAACUCGAGAGAUGCAAACCCAUUGAUGAUUAUGGUUGAUACAUUAUGUACUAUAUGA